CAGCGCGCUGAACAGAGAAGACGUGACAGGGUCCCCUGUUUGCACACGGCACUGGAAUAACGGCGACGCUCGGACCAACCACCUGCACUGCUGCUGUGUGUUUCUUGCUGCUGACUUAAUUUAUUUGCUGCAGGACAUCGUUACACCAAUUUUCUUCCACGCGAGGGCAGGCAUUAAGGAUGUGGCUGUGAAUGCAGGAAAGCGCAGCAGGACCUACCCAGAAGGUGGAGCAUCCAGGGCCAACAUCAAAAGACCCAGAAGAGGAGAAAUAAACUUCCUGCCCAGUUAUCCCCAAGGAGAAACUAAGGACACACUGGAGAACCAGAGGCUUGAGAUGGUGGAGCAGUUCAAGAAGACGGUGAUUGAUAGAGACAUGAUUAUGAUCCAUCAACAUAUGCUGCGCACCUUUGCACUCAGGCGUGAAGAAAUUGUAAAUUCAGCUCCUCCCAUUGCUGAACUGAAAGACAGAUGGCCUGCACUCUUUUGUGAAGCCCAACUCUACAGUGAAUUCCACAGGAUCACCAAUCAAAAUCUACCGUAUUCCUUCUUUGUUGCACUUGACAAGUACACACCUCAGCUGUUGAAGCUACAAAAAGAGGAAGACUGGAGGUUUUGGCGAGAAGAUGGAGGAAGUUUUGAUGGCAUAUGAGGAACAGGACAAGAGCAACAUCCCUGCAGCUCAAACAGCAGCCCUGGCCGGCCUUCCGCUGUACUUAAAGGAGGAUUCAUCCGAGGUCUUCAGAACUUGCAAGGAUGAGUUGGAGGCAAUCCAGGAUGGAGCAGUGGCUCUGGUGGCAGUGGUGAAUGAAGAGGAGGUGCCUGCUGGAGUUCCCUUUGAAACUCACCAUGUUUCAAUUGUCCUUGAGGAUCAGGUUGUAAUGUCUCACAGAUCUUGGACUGAUUCACUGGUGAUUUUGUUUGGACUGAUCUAUGCCCUUCAUUUGAGCUAUCCUGAGAAGCUAAGUGGCUUCUUUGAGUUCAUCCAGGUUGUCCACCUAAACCUUGAUGAUGGAAGAAAGCAGCUCAAACCUAAGUUACAAGCCUUGAGAAAUGAGUUAGAGUAAAGAUUUUAAUAUGUUAUUUUUUUGAGGGUCAGAAAUGUUCUAAAAAUUAUCUUUUGGCUUGCAUACCAAAACUGUUUGUUUAGAUGUAUGUGUUUAAACAGAUACUUGUCUACACAGUUACAGCUAGGUUGGUUGGCUUUCUACUUAAGCUGAAAAAAAACGGGCACUAA